AUGUCUUGUUUCUUAACUUGUGUCCGCUUCGAUGACUCAGCCACCGACAACAACAAACCCACUACGGUUACUGGAUCUAUCUCUGUCUCUGGUGUUGUGACCUGUUACACACGGGACGGUAUUGAGUCUCUCACUUCCAAUUUCUCUACACUCAUCGGUUCCGGUGGCUACAGUAAUAUCUACUUGGCUCGCUUGUCUGGCUCUUACAAAGCAGCUCUCAAGGUUCAUGUCAGUAGCCACCGUCUCUACCAGGUUUUUAGAUCCGAGCUCGAAAUCUUGCUUCGUCUUCAACAUCCUCACAUUGUCAAGCUUCUCGGUUACUUCGACGAUUCAGAAGAAAAUGGUGCACUUCUACUAGAAUACCUUCCUCAAGGUAACCUCCAAGAGAAGCUUAACCGCUACAGCAAACAAGUGUUGCCAUGGAGAAACCGUAUCGCCAUAGCGUUUCAGGUUGCGCAAGCAAUUGAAUACAUUCAUGAGAAAUGUUGUCCUCAGAUUGUGCACGGCGACAUCAAAUCCUCUAAUAUUCUCCUUGACAAAGAUUUUAACUGCAAGCUUUGCGAUUUCGGAUCAGCCAAGGUCGGGUUCUCAUCUAUGGUUCAGCCUUCUACAACAAUGUCACCUCGGUCCAAGCAAGUGAGGAUGGUCGGUUCUCCAGGGUAUACAGAUCCUCACUACUUGAGAACCGGAAUUGCUUCAAAGAAAAUGGACAUAUAUGGGUUUGGAGUUGUGGUUCUCGAGUUGGUUUCGGGUAAAGAUGCCGUUAGCGCUGAAAGAGGCGAGAUGCUAGUGCACACAGCUGCUCCAUUGAUCCACGAGAUUCUUGAUUCGAAUGCAGAUAUCGUAGAAGAGAAAGUGAGACAGUUCUUGGAUCCUAGGUUGUCAAGAGACAACAGUCUUGAUUUAGAAGAGGUUAAGACAAUGCUCGGUGUGGCUGCCUUUUGUCUUCGUAGCCCUCCAUCUUUAAGACCCUCGGCUUCUCAAGUUGUCAAAACUCUUGUCCAGAAGAUCCCGUCUCUGUCUUUCCUCGGUUGUGGGAAAGAAGAGUGA